GCCCCAGAUCUUGGUGUUUUCAAGCUCACACUGAACAAUGAUGCUAAAGGUAUGUGCUGGUUUUCAAGUCUUGGUUACUUGUGGCAUCACUUUCAAUAUAACCAUACAUUUAACAUGCCUGUACUGUCAUCUUUGUGUAUUUCAGAAUAUUCCCUGAUGAGUCCUGUCUCUGACAGUUCUGUGAUGGGUGGCUCAGACCAUGAGUCGGAUGAUACAAUCAUUUUGUGCGAGGAUGGAAGCCCCUCACAAAAGCGUCAAAGAUCUGAUGACGAAGCAGAACAUAUACGUUUGUAAUUUAUUCUUCAAUUCACUUGCCAUCAAAUUGAUUUUUCACUGCUGUUUUUUGCAGCUUAUAGAGUGGAAAGGUUGUCAUCAAGGAAUACUCCAAAACCAAAAGCCUGACUGACUGCACCAGACGAAAGAUGAUCAACAUUCUUGUUUCGGCGAUGACUCAC